AUGGCUUUAUCAGCUACAACCUUAUCAUCGUCGCUGCAAUUGAUCAAUGUCUCACACAGAUUCCUCUACGCAGCUGCUCCUUUCGCUUUUGACUCUAUCUUCCUCCGCCGACUACGCUUGAAACGGCCACUCGCUUCGUACUCUCAGUCGCGUAGGCGAUACGAAUCAGACGAUGGAUACUUCGACGAAUACGAUGUCGUUCCGGAGGAUGAUGAUGAGAGGGAGAGUAGUGUGGAUCUACUGGUCAGAUUCUUAACAAGUAUGUUCAAGAAAGUCUCUAAGCGAGCUAAGAAGGCCUCUCGUCGUGUUUUGCCAGCCGCCAUGUCUCCUCGACUCGUGUCAUUCGCAGUAGAUGGGAUAUUGCUACUGGGUUCACUUUCCAUAACAAAAGCAUUUCUUGAGGUAAUAUGCAAUCUUGGAGGAACAGUCUUUGUGGUGAUUCUGCUGAUCCGUUUGUUCUGGACUGGAGCUUCCUUCUUCCAGAAUUACAGAAACUACUUUGGACCAAACCCUUUAUAACUUUAAAAACAUACAUACAUUUAGUUUAUAACUCACCAUCUUGAGUUUCAGAUUGUUGUUGUUAUUCAUCAUGCCCCUUAUUUGUGAAGGGAACAUAUUGUGUGUUGUGUUAGUGUACAUAUUCGCUGGGGGAGUCAUCUAAUGAU